CAUUUUGAUUUCCUGCUCUUCCUUCAUGGUCCGGCAUUCACUUGCCUGCGAUCUUGCUCCUUCCUUCACCGCCGAGGCAGGCAAGUCCCAACCUUGCGUACUACUAGUACAAUACCACCUCGCCAAACAAGUCACAUGUCACCGGCACAUACAACCCUUGAUGAAUGCUUUCAAAUUCAACCAGAUACUUCACAAAGCUCCCUCCAGUCGCCACCAAGAUACGCUGUGCGCCGCGACUACACGAACACUUUCUACAGCAGCAGACUUGCAUCGUUCUGGACUCUCUGACGAAGAAGCAGCGGCAUCGUCGGGAAGAGCCUAUAGUGCUAUACCAUUGCCGUGUGUUAAAACGAGCACUCAAUUCCCGCGACGCCUCGAGCCAUCGACCAGAGGCCGAAAAGGCAGCAGCAUCUGACCAUGACUUUUGACCCGGAUGAGUUGACCAGGAGACUUUACGAAGUCAAGGCGCAGCAAGAGCUCAAAGCAGCUAGGAAGACGAAGCUGGGCUUGAACAUUGGAGAGCGUGGCCUCGAGGCGAAAGAGCGGAUUUCUCGCGAGUUCAAUUCGCGACAAUCGACGGCCGAUCACUGGAGAGCAGCACCCAAGCAGCCUCGAAACCGAGAAUCAGGCGAACAAGACGCAUCCGAGGCCUGGUCCAGACGAUGGAGCGCGGGCCAACGCGAAAGACACCCCUGCCCCAAAAACGAUGGGCCGAAUGACCCGAAAUCCUAUCACCACACGCCACAAGUCGCUGCGGCGCAAUUUGAGAGAACAACGGCCGUGGAGCAGGUCGAGGGCAUGAACAUACACAGGCUCUCUCAUCCGGCGGUGCGAUUUCACAUUGGUGGCCCACAUGGUGAAGCGGCGCAGGACCAAGCAAGCGAUCCUCGCGAUAUUGUUCAGCGGUUGCAAAGGGUCCGCAGCCAGCGAGACCGGGAAUAUGCGCGCAAUCAGUUCCAAACCCCACAGAGCCUUGAAGAGGUCGACGGUUUUGGCGGGUGCCGCCAUCAGCAACGGCAUACCCUCGACACAUAUCCUGAAGGGCAGACGACACGUUCGUCAAUCUUUCCACCGUCUGAUACAGUCAGAGACAUGAUGGGUACUUCCAAUCAUGUCGAGCAUCGUGAUGACGAAGAACUUGCCUCCAAUGGGCGUACGUCGGGCGCAGGGCCGAGGGACACGCGGCAGGACUGGACGCAAAGCGAUGAAGUGCGCGAGAAGCAGACGAUGAAUGCUGCGCCGCCAAAGAUCCGCAAAGCCGCAUCGAAAUGGAGACUGAGACUGAGCGGGCACCACAAGAGCAGAGAAGAAGACGAUGAUCCUCCGCUGCCGGGCAUCAUGUCCCCUGAAGAGUCUGAGAAAGCACCAAAGGGCUUGAAGUCUCCCAUAUCUGGUUUCUUUUUGCGUCUGAAGCGUUAGAUCAAUCACACAUGUCAAUGGGAAGAACCCACAUUGUGCCACAAUUCGAAUCGGGGAGUGCGUGCGCCGGGUAGUGUGUCGAAAGCGAUUUCGUUCUAUACAGUACUGCAUCUUCCUCUCA